GUGUUAAAAGUAGUGCUACUCUUACUUCAGUACAAUUUUGGGGUAUUCUACCCACCUCUGGCAUCCAAUAUUAUGCGACAAGGGGCGCUGCACUAGAGAGGGCGCCAAAUUGAUGGUGAAAAAGAAGUUGACCGCAAUUUAUAUAUUUCACAUCUGUUUGUGUGCGCCCAUACUGUGUACACCUCAGUUGUGCCCUGUCUGCACAUAUGGCAACGAAAUGAAUGGCCAGCAUCACGUUUUCGUCAAAUGUUGUCAGAGGAGAUGCAAAAUUUAAACAAACAUGUACAUGACCUAGUUGCAUUUAUACAAAAACUUAAAAGCCACACUUGUUCCUGUUCCUGCUGAAAUAAUAGAAAUUUCUUUAAUGUGCCACAGAGAGAAAAAGUAGGUGCAACAACAACCAAGUGAAAGGCGAUCACAGUAUAUAUUCACACCAACAUAAAAUGUAUUAAAAGAAUAGAAUGCAGUGUAGUAUGAGCAAAAUUUUAAUAUAAAUAUACUCUGCAGUAUUUUUAUUGCUUUGUAUACUCCGGUCCAAAGAAACACACAGAAAUGUGCAAUUGGAUAGGUUAACUAAAAAUCAUUAUACAAAAUUUGCAUGUGGAUAAUAAAACAAAGGAAGGAAUCUAUCUGUAAGUCAAGGAAGUUGGGCCAUUAAUUUGAAGAGAUGGUUUCCUAGCUUCCUGUCACUAUCUUUCUAAUGCUGACCACCUUGACCCAAAACCCACUUCAGUUAAGAUAAAGAGUUAUCAGAAAUGAUUUGAAGAUAAAGUAACUGAUUUAUGAUAGCGUCUUCACUUGGUCUUUAAUGUUGCAGAAACAGGAAGGGAAACGGCUCACAGUUUAGAGGAAAAAUCUCAGGACUGCAUGAACACGUAGUUUAAAACACACCUGAAAAGCUUGAAAUACACCUCACAGCUCAUUAUGUACUUAUUCAAUGAUAUCCUUGAUUUUUACUUGUGUAAUAGCUGGUGUUUAAGCUCUACAUGCCGUCUAGCUGCAUCACUUUAGCGCUCUGUGAAGGGUAGACGUGUUUCAGAGUCCAUUAUUGUGCUGUCUGCCUCUACAUUGCAAACCGGUUUACGCAGUGUGGGACAACAGAAGGUUUGUGUGCUGCGUGCUCAUUCAUUGCUGAGGUUUAAGCAUUUAAUUAGUAGCUACUAAAGCCAGCUCCCGCUAAUCUUCUCAACACUGACUCAACAUGUGACCUGGUAACUAAUGUUAAGGCCGAUCAAUAGCCCGUCCAACUCAAACAAAGGGAAUGACAGCUUUGACUUAAGGUGGGUGUAAAACUCAUUGCUGCCUUUUACAAGAGGCUUGGAGUUCGAAGAAAGUUUGGAGGUGCUUUUUUUAAAAAAAAAAAAGAGUAUGUUACCGCUGCCAUUUAUUACAGAGGGGAACAAUACAGGGACAGAUUGUGCCCCCACAAUGGUAACUUACAGUGUGCUCCAUCCUCAUUGAGCGACGCAGUCAGUGUCCUGACUGCAAGCAGGUCUACUAACUGAUGAUGGAGCUCUGGAAGUGGGACAGGGGGCCAUUUGGACGGGAAUUGAGGGGUGUGUUAAGUUUCUGCAUGCAUGAUCAAUGGGAUUGAAUAGGUUGGGAUGGGGUAGAGAGGGGAGGGCAAAAAAAAAGGCAGGCCAGACCAAAGCGGCGAUGGAGUGAGAGAGGUGUUUGCAAUGGAAACACACACACACACACACACAAAGGUGGUGAGCAAUGGUUUGUUAAUGAGAUGGGCAGUGCGGAUUGUGUCUCAUUACCAAUCAGCACAGCUUUGAGUUCUCUUCGGAGAGGACCAAAAACAUGCACGCUCCAGUGUGUGCCGCAUGUGUUUCUUUUCGAUAAAACCUGGCUGUGUGGCGCGGCAUUAGUCACAGCGGUAUCUGAGCUGUUGGAAGUCCACACACACUGCCCUCUGUCCGUUUGCGUGAGGAGUUUCCUCUCGGUAGUACAAUGAGUCUUAAUUACAGGUCAGUGGCAUGUCUUAGGGAGAUAGAGGGAGCUCUGUUACCCUUCCAAAUACUGUAUAAUGCCAUCAUCCCAAGGGUGGGGUGGGGUAACAAGAGCUGGACACAAAAAGGUGCUGAUAGGCUGAACAUGAGAACGGUAUAAUGUGAUCGGGGUGGAGAAAAUGAGUGUUUUACACUGAAAAGAGAGUGGAGGGGGGGAGCUUAGAUGGCACAUUACCUCUCAAAGGAUUUUGCCCAUUUCGUUUGCUUUACAGUUACCCCACAACUAAUUCCAGCCAACUUUCUUUGACAAAAAAAAACAAGAGAUGGAUUAAGGACAAAGACAAGCUGGAUUGGGGUGAAACAAAUCUGCAAAGGGAAAAUCUGUGGUUACAGUUACAGCGACGCGUUUUCUACCACCUGUUGAUGCUGCAAGUUCAAACCUGCUCACUGUGCCUGAUGAAUACCUGAAUAAGUCUUACACGUCUCUACUCUGAGAUACCGUGAUGUAUGUAGUUUGUGAAGCAGAUCUUUUUUUUUAUGCUAUUUUAUUUAAAAUAGAAGCUAGAUGCAUGCAUCCACGACCAAUGCUUAUAGGUCUUCUGAAAGAAAGAAAUUGUAUCACCCUAUCUGAAAAGUGCGGUCUUUUUAAUCUCAUCUUAUUCUGACACCACUAAUUAAAAUUUCACACAACCGUGCCUUCACAAGUCACCUGUAUAUAAUUUAAUCUCAGUCAAAGGUGAAGGGUUAGGUAGUUUUUUUUAACAUCACACCUCACCAUGAACUCAUCACCCCAAUGGUGAAACACGGUGGUGGAAGCAUCGCAAGCAGGCGCAGGGAAGCUAAACAGAGCUAAAUAUUGGAGAAUCCAGGAAGGAAACCUGCUGGAGGUUGCAAAAGAAGCUUAAUAUCCCAGUAGGAUUACCUUUAACAUACAACCAGAAAAACAUUAUGUUGCAGUGGUCCAGUCAAAGUCUAGAAAUCUAGAAAAAAAAAUAGAAAAUCUGCAGCAAGGCUUGGAAAUAGAUGUUUUACACUUUCCACUAAAUGUCACUGAGCUUGAGCUGUUUUGAAAAGAAUUGGAAAAGACUUCAGUCCCUGGAAGUGAAAAGUUUGUUUUCGAGUGCCUCUUUCAACAAUACAAGUUUAGACAUAUUAUAGUAAAUAAUUCCAAAAUAAUUAAUUCAAAAAUAACAGAUAUAUAUAUAUCCACCUCACCUCAUAUAUACCUCACUUUUUUGUUGUUGUUGUUUUGGUUUUGAAGAGACCUGAGUCACUGAAAUACAUUUCUACAGAACUGUGUCAAUUCAAAGCAUAGAUGGUACAACAGCGCCCUCUACUGGCACAAGUUACUCAUCAAGCUGUGCUUGACCUACAGUAACUUAUAGCGCUUUGAAUCACUAGAAGCUCACUAAAUAAUCAAGAGUCUGGUAUGCAGGCAUUCUGAAAUAAAAAGAAGAAAAUCUCUACUGUGGAAAAAAACCCUGAUUUAAAAAUAGAUUAUCUGUCCUUAAAGCGAGUUUUACAUUAAAAAUAAGAAAUGCAUGUGAUCUGCAAUCACAUCUUCUCAUUUAUUGGCUCGUUUCCUGACUUGGCAGACAGCUUUUGUCAGAAGUCUCAGCAAAUGCAACUUUGCUCAUGUUUGGUUAUUGUUCUUAAAUUGUACUUUGGUCACUGUUGGGGACUGAGGGAGAGGGGACAAAGUUCACAGGGCGCUCGUAAGGAGGAGGGGGUGAAAAGGAGGAAGGUUAAAAAAAAGAAAAAAGAAAAAUUGACCUUUGAAAGGAAAACAGCAGGUGGAGUGCAAAAACCAGGCAGCUGAGGACGCAUCGGGAGGAAAAUCAGUGGAGGAAAAUUAAAGCGCUCUGGUUUUUCAUUUAAAGAAGAGCAGCUCGUAUGAAAAAAAAAGAAUGAGGCCCAACGCAGGCCGUCCGGCUGCUAUUUGAAUGGGACAGGGAGAGCACAUGCGAGCAGUGUUUGUUUGUGAGGCAGCAGCACGAUAAGACACCAGACCAAUGGAGGGAGAGGAGAGGGCAGCCAUGGCGAGGCCAAGUCGUCUGACCGCCCUUCAGGAGCAGCUCAUCUGGGCCCUGCUGGAAUCCGGACUGUCCCGGGACGUCCUAGUCCAAGCCGUGGGCGAGCUGGAGCGCAGCAGGGCCGGAGCCGGCGCAGAGAGGGGAGACAAGGGCGAUGGAGAGAGCUCCGAGGAGGGAGAAAUGGAUUUCCCUCCGCCUAUAUUCCGAGAGCUGGAGAAGCUUCCUCCGGAAGACGCGUCCAAGCUGAGGGCCGAGGUCGACCGGCUGCUGCAGGAGGACCCCUGGCAGGUUGCAAAAAUGGUGAAAAGCUACAUGCAGCAGCACAACCUACCUCAGAGAGAGGUGGUAGAGUCCACAGGCCUCAACCAGUCCCAUCUCUCCCAGCACCUCAACAAAGGCACACCCAUGAAGAACCAAAAGAGAGCUGCUCUCUACAGCUGGUAUGUCAAGAAGCAGUGCGAGAUCAGUCAGCAAUUUACCAAUGCCAAACAUGGUCUUGCACCGGUGGAGGAACAAGGAGAAGACACCAAAAAAGGACGGAGGAACAGGUUCAAGUGGGGCCCAGCAUCCCUACAGAUUCUCUUCAAUGCCUAUGAACGUCAGAAGAACCCCAGCAAGGAGGAAAGAGAGGGAUUGGUAGAGGAAUGCAACAGAGCCGAGUGCCUCCAGAGAGGGGUGUCCCCUUCCCAGCUUGCUGGUCUGGGUUCAAACCUAGUUACUGAAGUCAGGGUGUACAACUGGUUUGCCAACCGGCGAAAAGAGGAGGCUUUUCGUCACAAGUUGGCCCUUGACACAUCUUUCAACAGCCAGUCAGCUUCCUCCUCUAAUGCCACCCUUCCAACAAGUCCUGAGCAUGGUGUGAAGUACAGCCAGCAAAUCUCCUGUGACACAGGGAGCACAGCAAGAAGCAGCAUAGGGGACCGUGUGGGACGUCUCGUGGUCAGCCCUAUGCAACUAGAACCCAGCCAUACACUCCUUGAGUCUCAUAACCCCAAGCUGGUGUCUGGCAGUGGACCACUGCCCCCAGUAAGCACGCUGACAUCCCUGCACAGUCUUUCAGCGUCUCCAGCCUCCUCACAGAGCCUCAUCAUGGCCUCGGUGCCCAGCGUCAUGAGUUUGGGCGAGUCCUCGCUUCUAAUAGGUUUGGCCCCUACGCAAUCACAGACCGUCCCCGUCAUUAACAACAUGGGGGCUGGUUUCACCACUCUCCAGCCAAUUUCAUUCCAGCAGCAGCUUCACACACCCCACCAGCAGGCAAUACAACAGCAGCUUCAGGGUCACAUGGCUGCCAGUCCGUUCAUGGCAACCAUGACACAGCUGCCAUGUCACAUGUACAACAAGUCAGAGUCGCCUCAGUACCAUUCGUCCAGUUUGCUGUCUCAAGCCAUGGUCAUCACUGACAGCAGCAGUCUGGGGACCCUGACCAGCCUCGCUGCGGUCCGACAGAUCCUCACAGCAGAUCCUGAGGAAGAGACGGAGUCCCCUUUGCAGGAAGAUUCUUUACACCUGCAGCCACACACACCUGUCCCAGCGUCUUCUGAGAGCCUGGAGCUGUAUCCUUCCUCCCAGACGACAGAACGCCAUCAGUCUCACCUCCUCUCCCCUUCACCCACAGACAUCGGCUCCUAUAUGCCUACACAAAUGGUGUCCACAGCCCAGUAACACCUCCCUGGCUAUGUAGCGGCUCCGGCCUGUCAGCUGGACUAAGGAGGUGUGGGGAUGGACAGCUAACACUGGACAGCUAACACUGGGAGGAGAACCAGGAGACCGGAACCAGUGAUGUCUGAGAGUAAAAACUGACUCAGCACAGCUUUUACAGCUUUUACCUAGAACUAAUAUUAGAGGGGAAAAAAAUCACAACUUAAAUAGCAGAAAUAUCUCUCAAGAUCAACACCAAAAAUAUUUUUAUUAAAAUAUUUAGUUUUUCUUGGAAAUUGUAACUUCAGAUGAAACUUGGCAAACAAAUGUUACCUGCACUGUUUUUAAUUUGCUUUCCUUAAAUGCUUUUUUUCCCUUUUGAUGAGAAGUUUUUGAAAAAAAAUAUGUAUAACCAUCAACAACGGAUGUAAAGUUAUUUUAUAAACAAACUAGAUGCCUUGUGUUAUCGGAGAAAUAAUUGAGUGCUCCACACCACUUGAUCAGUUCAACACAAAACACAGACAGCCCGAAUGAGUAAACACUAGAUUAAAAACUCAGUUCAAAGCU